ACAACCGAUUCCGCGAUGUUUCUGCCUCUCCCGACGUUUUUUUCUCACCACGGUUCCUACCCCUACCCGCCCACGCGCCAUGCCCGUCAGACGCGCUGCCGUGAUUGCAGCGCUCGCACGUCGAUUGACGAGGAAAGGAGGUUUUACAUUCCCAAAUCCCCAUCCCCUCCCAUCCCGCGGCCAUGGCAUCGACGCGCCGGGGGGCGGGGUGGAGGGCGGGGCCGCGCCCGCCCCCGCGCACCCCGAGCGGCGUCCCCUCCGACCCUCCCAGAUGCCGGCCACGGCGAGCGGCGGCGCGCGGACGGAGGAGGCGGCAGCGGCGGCGCCCCGCGUUCUCCUGGACGGGGAUGAGGCCGGAGGAGCUGCGGCGAGGCUGGCGGCCUCCGAGCGCGGGUCAUGGCGGUUCCGGCACCGGCGCCGGCGCUCCCCCCGACCCUCCCAGAUGCCGGCCACGGCGAGCGGCGGCGCGCGGCCGGAGGAGGCGGCAGCGGCGGCGACCGUUGCCUCCUGGAUGGGGACGAGGCCGGAGGAGCUGACAGCAAGGCUGGCGGCCUCGGGGCCCGCAACCCCGAGCACGGGCCGCGGCGGGUCCGGCGCCGUCAGCGCGGACGGAGAUGAGGCGGAGCACGAGCGCGUGCAGGCGCUGCGUGAGAUCAAGAACCAGAUCAUCGGGCCUGGGCGUCGUGGCGGCGGUCGUGGCGGCGCUGGCGGCGCUCGUCAGGGUGGAGGCCGCGGCGAGGACGAUGGCACGCGGGCCGUGCUGGCCGCUGCCGUCGUUGGGCACCUCAUCCAAGUCCUGGCGCACCACGACGAGAAGGUUCUUGGUGCUUGGGGACUAUGUUGGGAGGUUUGGAUGGAUGGAUGGCGCGGCCGCGGCUGCACGGAGGCGGAGGCGCAGCGCGCGGCGGCGCACCGUCCACAAGGAAGCGCGCAUCGCGCCGAGAUGGUGUCAGCCGGGGAUGGUGGCGGCACCGCUCGUAGUGACCUCAUCUGCGUGACUGGAGGCAACGGCUUCAUCGGCUCAUGGCCUGUCCGCUUCCUCCUCGAUCGCGGCUACACCGUCCACACCACCGUCAAGAACCUCGAUGAUGAGGACUUCUACGAAGCACUUGCUGGCCUGACCUCCUCAACCCUGCUUCUGGCCGGUCGGCGAUCGAAGGCGCCCGCGGCAAGCUCUGGUGAUUGAUUCACAGGACACCACGAGCAGCAGAGUAGUCUUUACCAUAGAAUAUGUAAACUAGAUUGAUUCAACUGCCUCCCUGUCAGAUAAAGUAUAAACCACUUGGACACUAAUCAGGCAAUAUUCUGCUACAAAAUGCAUUUUGAAUUAUGCGAAACAGCUCCACUAAUGUUUCCCUUGAUAAUUCUGUUCUUGCUGAAAUGACCAAUGGAGGGGUUCUUCUGCAGUGUGGAAUGCAAAGGCAACAUCAUCAUUAUGAGUGAUCCAAUCAUAGCCAGCUGUUGUUUCAAAGAGAGUCAGAAUGCAAGAAGUAGCUAAAAAAGAAACAAAACAUGAUUUUCGAUACCUGUUAUCAGUAGUGGAGGGCAACAGGCACAGAGACUACAACAGCACCAGGUAAGCUAAUCCGAUAUUGUAUUAGCUUCUUGCUUAGCAGCCGUUUGCUUUUUUUUUGAAGGAUGUGUGCUCUGUUCUUGGAAGCAUGCAUGCCAUGCUGAAGUUGCAUCUGCAUAUAUUUUUAGUGACAAGCCCUUGGUUGAUUUAUUAGUAAUUGUGAGCUUCAUAAGAAAACAUUCAUUCUCUUUUUUUCAGUCUGGAUUCUUACAAAAGUAGAAUUGCAUCCCAAUUCAGGACAACUCUACAUAUGUGAAUUGCAUUGGAUGUUUGCUUUGGCGCAGCUUUUAGGAAUCAGAUGCAUGAAAGGAUCGUGAUCUAUCCAAGAAAUUUUGGAGGCGAAAGAUUAACCUAUUUUCUUAUUCUACAUUUAAGUGCAGCACAUAUGUGGAAAUAAGCAGUAUUUUCUUUCUUGUCUAUUAGGGCAAUCACUGGCUCACUGCAUCCUGGGUAGCAACCAUUUAAUUCAAAUAGAAGCAUAAUCACUUUGCCUAUUUAGAUAUCUUCGCAUGCCUUAUGUGGUUAUCAUAUAGUUUGGAUUGUGCUGUAUGGUUUGUUCGGUUCAGCUUUGGUCUUGCAUUUUUCUUUUCCUAUGGAUAAGUAUUACAACAUUGUUCUACAAUGUACUACAAUUAGAGGAUAAGUAUUACAGCAUUGUGCUACAAUGUACUGCAAUCAGAAUGGGGCUUAUGAUUUGUGAAAUCACAUUGUUCUUGCUUUUGCUAUAUGUUUUCUUACCUCUGUAAAAUGACAUUUUUUUGCUUCUCCGGUUCUCAUAUUGUUAAAAUGCAGUAAAUGGUCUCCUGGGCAGCAAAGUGAAUGCGUAUUUGAGUGAAUGCGUAUUUGAUGGCAAGGUGUUCACAGUACUUUGUGAUAGGCUUGGAAUAGAAACAACUGCAGAAAUCACUGUAAUUGAAGUCUUAUAACCAAACUUGUAUACGCAACCAAGUGAACAGCUUGACUGGUGCCGCCAUCCUUGAAAAAGCAGCUCCUGCUGCAUCGAAGGGUAGUGACCAUCCUUCACCUUCAGAUGUUUUCUGGCUCAUCCAUUUAAAAGCGACCCUCCAAUACUGAUAACAGGUGUGUUUGAAGUUGCUUAUGACAUGUUUGAUCAAUUGGCGGGCUACAUUCAUGAAGCCUAAAUCUGUUGCCUGGGUGCAUGGUGCCUUUCGGACAGAACUCCGCAGGGUGAUACAAAGGAACAAGCAUUACUCCCAGUAUGAUUGUUUGAAGCAUUGAGUUUUGUAUUUGCAUUAUUCAAUUCAGAGCCCAUGCGCGAGGGGAGGCAGGGGCGCGGGACAGGCGCCUGGCGAAGGCACGGGGCGGAACGACCUGAGGAAGACGAAGCACGUGGGGAAGAGGAAGAGACAAGGCGCAGGCGCAGGCGCAGGCGCAGGGUGGAACGAUACCAUCGGCGGCGGCUCGUGUUAAUUUGUGUGGACCCAGGCUCUCCGCAUAGUCUAACGUGAGAGUGCUCUAUGCUUAGUGGCAUUCCAAUUAUGAUCAUACCAACUUCUAGCACGCCCGUGCCGCGCGGGCAUUGUUACUAGUAAGUUCUUGGAGUGAAGAUGUGAACCCAACAGAUAUCAGACAUUCAUAUGUGAACCAGCCGAAAAAGAAGAAGCACAUGUGAACUGAUUACGGUUUGGAGCCUCAUCUUCUCAGAAGGGGGAAAAACUGGUCCAUGCAUGAA